AUGGGGCGAACACGCCGCGGCAACACAGGCUUGAACAAAACAGCCAGGCUUGUUAUCCGUCAGGAGCGCUUUGGUAUGAUCAGGAGCGCAGAUAUGGCUGCUGUCACUGAGAAGCAGGCGGAGGGAGACGAGGGCCACUUCUUCAUCCUGCGCUCCAACUGUCCAAAACCCAUUCUGUGUGACUUCCACAUCAACAACGACCACAUCCACGGGGAAAAGAAAGAGUUCGUGUGCCGGUGGGAGGAAUGCUCUCGAGAGCAGAAACCCUUCAAGGCUCAGUACAUGCUGGUGGUCCACAUGCGCAGGCAUACCGGGGAAAAGCCGCACAAGUGCACAUUCGAGGGCUGCAGCAAGGCCUACUCCCGUCUGGAAAACCUUAAGACUCACUUACGCUCCCACACUGGAGAGAAACCAUAUGUGUGUGAGCACGAGGGCUGCAACAAGGCCUUUUCCAACGCUUCCGAUCGGGCAAAACAUCAGAAUCGCACACACUCCAAUGAGAAACCGUACGUGUGCAAAAUCCCCGGCUGCACCAAACGCUACACAGACCCCAGCUCCCUGCGCAAGCACGUGAAGACGGUGCACGGGCCGGAGGCGCACGUCACAAAGAAACAGCGUGGAGAUUACCCGCGCCCUCCGCCCCAGCCACGGGAGCCAGGGAGCAACGGCCAGGGUCGGUCGCCGGGGCAACUGCCCCUGGGUGGGUACACAGACCAAAGGGAGUACAACCACGCUACCUCAAAACAAGAUGACUGUCUGCAGGUCAAGUCCAUCAAGACAGAGAAGCCAAUGACGUCUCAGCCAAGCCCUGGCGGUCAGUCUACAUGCAGCAGUGACCAGUCCCCCAUCAGCAACUAUCCCUGCAGUGGAGUCCAGCUUGCUGUGAGCGCCGGACGCUCGCCAGGGGAGGGGCUGGAGGAGGACGAGGAGAAAGAGGACAACGAAGAGGUGGCAGAGGAGGAGUGCGAGGGCGAGCCCGCCCCCAUCAUGGACUCCACAGUCUCCACGGCAACCGCGGCCAUGCUGACCCUGCAGGCGAGGCGAAGUGUCGGCCGCCCUGUGCGCUGGAUGGAGCACAUCAAGAUGGAGAGGCUGAAGCAAGUGAACGGAGCACUGCCCAGGCUGGGGCCCCUGUCCCCUACACCGCCCCCCAAAGGCUCCACAUUGCCCAACAUCCUGGGGAAGGGAUCCUGUCUGGGCAGGCAGUCGGGGGUGUCUGCUCCUCAGCCACCCAUUCAUGCUGAGCUGGGAAGCACAGAGCUAACAGUGCUCAAUUUGCUCCGAGACCGGCGUGACAGCAGCGGCAGUGCGACCAGUUCGGCCUAUCUGAGCAGCAGCCGACGCUCCUCUGGCAUCUCCCCCUGCUUCUCCAGCCGACGCUCCAGCCAGGCUUCCCAAAAUGAGGGCACGAUGGCAGCCACCCACCACCGCCGCCUCCACAACCUCAGCUCCAGUGACUCUUACGACCCCAUCUCCACUGAUGCCUCCCGCCGGUCCAGUGAGGCUAGCCAGUAUGGAGGUGGGGUAGGAGGCGGGGGUGGAGGGCUAUUCUCAUUUGGGGGCUGUGGAAGUGUAGGAGGAGUAGGCAUAGGAGGAGGAGCUGGCUCACGGGGGAUGCUCAAUUUAACCCCAGCACAGCACUACCACCUGAAAGCUAAGUAUGCAGCGGCAACUGGUGGCCCACCCCCCACGCCUCUGCCCAACAUGGAGCGCAUGAGCUUGAAGACUCGCAUGGCCAUGAUGGAUGAUGUUGGGAGCAACCACUGUUUGCCACCUCUAGUCCGGCCACAUCAGUGCGGCGAAGGCACCAACGGGUACACCAAUGGGUACAUGGGACAUGCAGGGUACAGGAGGAGGGUCCUCUAUCCUGGUGAGGGGCCACUGAAUGGAAACCGCAGGGCCAGUGACCCAGUCCGGACGCAGGCUCCUGAUAUGUGCAAUCUGCCCCCAGUGCAACGCUUCAACAGCCUUAACAACCUCCACCCUCUUCCACCUCUGUCUCAUCAUUCUACGCCUGAAACGCGUAACUUUAGCCUACAGAACUACACACGCUCAGAGGGCAACCUGCAGAGAGGUCUGCAGCACUCACCGUACACUCCCAGCAUCGCAGAACAUGCAGCCUUAGAGGCUCUGGCCAUGGAGGAUGACAGCGAGGCUGGCCUGUUGCUUGGGGAUGAGGAUAUGCUACCAGAUGACCUUGUGCAGUAUCUCCACUCCCAGGUUGAUGGUGGCUCCUACAUGCACAUUGAGGACCAAAUAGCUUCUAACCAAAGGGACACUUCACAUCCGUCUGCGGAGGAGAUGGAACAGAUCCAGACAUCAGGGUUGAAUUUAGCCUUCCCUGGGUGCCAUAGUCUCCAGCAGCAGCAGCAGCAGCAGAUGGCAGAAAGGAAGAGCCCCAGUAAGCUUCCCAUCCAGUGGAAUGAAGUGAGCUCCGGUAGUGCUGACAGGUCUCCUCAGAGGGCACAAAACCAUCACCCACAGUGUGGAAGGUGGUCGGGGACAGAACAUAAUGUAUCUGCACCUUUCGGUAGGUUUGGAAACAUGGUAGUUCAGCAGCAAGUGUCCCUUGAUUUCCCGAACAGCUGCUCCCAAGCGAAUCAGCCUCAGAGUGCUUACUGCAACCCUGCAGUGAAGCUAGAGAAUCAGCCAAGCUCCUGCAUGAGAGGUACUAGUCACAACUCCACCAACACCUUUGGAAGGCCGAACUUCUCACAGACCGUUGAUGAGCCUCUUCUCCAGGGCUUCAGACAGCAAGUCUCUAUUGGACCUCAGAAACAGAGCCACUUGCAGCAGAACCACAGUAGCAGCACCUCUUGUCAGGUUGGGAACAACCUCAACCUCAGCAGAGCCUCCAUGGACAACCUCCCCAGCCUCUCCCAGGCAACAACCCUUCACCACAGUCGGCAGAUCCAUGUCCCUCACCCUCCGAUUAACAGUUACAGGAACUUGGUCAGGACCCAGCAAUACCUCAAUGCUGAGAGCGCCAAUGAAAUCCAGGCAAGCCUCAACCAGCAGCAACAACUGCAGAGGAGUGGGGACCACUGUUCCUUGGCACAUCAGGUAUCUGGGCUGAAGCUUGAGGCCCCAGACAAUGGAUACUUAGAGCAGGUGACUGGUGACUGCCUCUCUUAUGAAGCAGCGGAUCACAAGGCGUCCUCAUUCCCUGUCCUGGAGGACCAGUGUCUGCUGGACUCCAUGGCUGAGUCAGUGGGACAAGGUAGCGGCAGUGGGAACUCAGUUGCUCUUCUCUCCCCUGGUGCAGACCAGGUGACCAGCACGGUGGAUGGCAAUGUGCCUGGUGUGCUCGAUGAGGGGGUAAGCCUGGACUUUGGUGUCAUGCUGGAGGAUGGCUACGAUCAGGGUAGCUUGGUUUCAGGGGUGUUGAGUCCCUCCAUCUUUCAGGGCCUGUCCAGAACCUCAUCACGCCUGACCACCCCUCGAGCAUCCGCGACCUUCCACAGUGUCGCCCCUGGCCUCAACAACAUGGCCAUCGGAGACAUGAGCUCUCUCCUCACCACGCUGGCUGAGGAGAGCAAGUUCCUGGCUAUCAUGCAGUAGCUGCUCUCUCUCCGUCUCUCUGCUCUCUCCUCUGUUCGGAAAAAUGGAAAAAAGGAAGAGACGAACUCUGGUGUAUGUGAAGAUGAAGACAAAAGUGGCAAUUAUGAGAACUUUAUUAUGUACGUAAAAUGUUCCAGAAUAGGCAGUCGCCAAAACUCAUUUAUUUUGUAAAAAAGUCAUCCCGCAAAGAAAUGGGAUGUGUCAAAAUUAUGUAUAGUUAAAUAGUUAUAUUCCUUUUCUGGAAUGAAGGCUAUUUUUGGAAGCCCUUCUCUUUGUAUUUCUAUGUGAUGAUGAGCAAAAGCUCACGUCUUUAAAACAGUAUUCUGUGUAUUGUCACUGUUUUUGCUGUACACACUGUUGGUUAAAACAAAUGCAUGCGUUUAAGGUUAAACAUUGAACACUGUCUAAAUACGUACAUAGACGAGCCCAUGUGCCGAGUAUCUACACUUCUGAUCCCACAGGUACACAAGCUCUAAAUCUAGCAGGUUAAAUGAACAGACCCUGGUGAUAACUUUAUAUAUCAUACGUUUUCAGAAGUGGUAUAUUUACAUUUGUUGUCCUUUUGUUUGUAUGUUGCUUUUGUGAAUCUGUAAAUGUUUCAGUGCUUCUACCAACUUCUACCAAGUGGUGUUUUUGUCCCGACGGUAUGGAGUCCAAUAAUUGGACACAACAUUACAAGGCGCCGAAGAUAGCCGUCUCCUUGAUAUAUCUAAAUGGCGUAAGGUACUCACAAGUGUAUAUAACAGUGUUUUUCUAUUGUUUGUGAUAAUCGGGGUUUUUUUGAUGUUGGAUUGCACGGUUGUUUGGAGCUGAUGUGAAAAUGGACAUUUCCUCCUCGAUGAUCAAAGGUGACACUUGGUGCUUUCUGUUUGCUUACAUGAACUGAUACGAGUACUUUCUGGUUUUAAUCUAUCUUAACGACCGCCAGUGGUCCGCAGCACAUUUUCCUCCCAUUGAUGAUAAGUGCUGUAAAAUGAUGUGUUUUGUUCCACAGGAAAUCAUUCGUAUUGUUUUUCUCCAAAGCUCUUUAAUUCAGAAUGUGUACUGCCACCGAGCACUGCAGUGACUUUGUCAACAGCGUUAGUGUUGCCUUGCAGUCGCACGCGGCUGCGCACAGAAUAUCGAGUAGUUUACCUUUUAUUCAGCAUCAAAACAAUGAGGUACAAGUUGUUUUAUUGUUCUUUGGUACUACUUUGUCAUUUUGUAGCCGUGCAUUGAUGGUGUUUUUCUUUUUUCUUUUAAAAAAAAAAAGUAGAAAUCAUUUCCUUUGAAAGAAGGAAAUUACACUGAGGUAUGUGCCUUAUACGUAAUCUGCCUGUCGGUAAAGAGAGAGAUCACUGCCAAUCUUCCAUUGUGAAUUAUGAAAAAAAAUACUAAACAAACAUGUAAAGUGUCUCGUGAGACCUGGAAAAAAAAAAGAUGAAAUUCUUAGAACAUUUAUAUAAGAAAAGUCUGAAUAUCAGAAAAGUUAAGAUUUGCGGAAUGCAUUCUACUUUUCUUUGAUUUUCCUUAUUUUAUUUUUUUUUCAAGUUUUCACAUUUAUUGUGCUUUUAUAUAUUAUAUGUAAAUACAAUACUCUUUCUGUAGGUUUUAGCGGAGGAAAUGGGGGAGUAUCCUGGGGCCUGUAAAGAACUGACUUUGAAAAACAGGGAUUCCCAGGCCCUGGGUGGAGGCCAGACAGAUCUGGCUCAGAGCGGAGCUUCAAGUGCCCAGCGCUGCCCCUCCGCCAGAAGAGCCACUUUGCUCUUUUAUAACUGAAUACAAAUGUUUGUAUGGUUUUAAUAAAAACGGAAAUUAUA